AUGAAUCCAUCAUCAUCAUCAUCCACACGUGCCGCUUCACUCAUCAAACCUUACUUGAGAAAACUUGUUCUUCAAACCCAUCCCGACUUUUUUCAACGCGAUCCUAUCAAAGCAAAGCACAAUGCGGCCUCAUUGCAACAGCUAUACACAAUCUUGAACCCUAUUCUAAAGCAAGACAAUCGAUCCAAGUUAAGACCUGCCAAUGAAGAAGCAGGGCAUGACGACACCAGCAUACCUGUUGCCUUUUAUCCAAAGCAUGCCAGCAAAGCAGCAGCAUCAGCAGCAUCAGCAAGGAGCAGAGUCAGUAUCUCAUUUGAUCCACGACCGAUAUCAGCAUGGCACACGGCAGCAUCUGUAUUGGACUUGUGCAGGCAACUUGAUAUCAAGGUAGCAACAUCCGAUGAUCAAGCUGUACAACAAAUGAUAUCCAAGGAGAUGGCAGCAUCAGCAUCCAACACACAACGAUCAUCGUAUAAAAGUCUACGUGAACAGUUUGUACGUGCCUUGUAUCAACAACAUCAGCAGCAGCAACCACAACAAAAGGUAGUCAAGCAGCAUUGGACGACGCAAGAGGUAUUCAACAAUCGACAUUUGAUGUUUGCGCCUUCGGUUGAUAAAAAGGCCAUGGCAUCAAGAUUAGCUCAAUGGCUUGGUGAAUUACAUCCGGAAAAAUGGUGGGGUCAAUUGCCGGUGCUCGUACUUCCAGCCACAGCAGCAGCAUCCUUGUCACCUGAUCGCGCCAAAGGUAUCUUGGUGCUCACAUCAGAGAUGAAUUUGGAAGAAAUGAAAUGCUAUCUGGAACAACAUGUCGCCAUCAAGAAACGAGAAUAUCAGGAGAUGGGAAAAAAGAGCAGCAGCAGCAGCAGCAGCAGCAGCAAUAAGCCUUGA